AACUAUUGUGCACAUCUCAGGCAUUUAAAAGGGGAGACAGUCCGGCGCUGAAGCAAUUUGUAUUAAACCCCUGGCCUGCCCCCUGUCUAUGGAGCGCGCAGUCUCCCACCCAUCCGCAGCCCCGCCAGCGAACACACUGCCGUAGCUGCAUCACCUCCACAGGUGACGAGAGGACUGACAGCAUCCCAUCAUCCCGCUUGUAGGAGUGGACACUCGAACAGAUGGCCACCUCGGCGCGCAUUGUCUGCGGUAUGGUUUUCAUCAUCAUCAGCCUGCUGUCCUGUGACGUGGAUUCCAAACGAAACCGAGGCACACAAGGGGCCAUUCCUCAUCCAGACAAAAGCAACCCGAACGAAUCGGAGCAGCAGCAGCCACAGCAGCCGCAGCCCCCGCAGGUGGGGGGCUCCGGGUCCGUGCAGAGGCCGGGCUCGUCCUCGCCCGCAGACGAGGUGCUGGAGUCCAGCCAGGAAGCGCUGCAUGUGACGGAGCGCCAGUAUUUGAAACGGGACUGGUGCAAAACGCAGCCGCUCAAGCAGACGAUCCACGAGGAGGGCUGCGUGAGCCGCACCAUCAUCAACCGCUUCUGUUACGGACAGUGCAACUCGUUUUACAUCCCCAGACACAUCCGAAGGGAGGAGGGCGCCUUCCAGUCCUGCUCGUUUUGCAAACCGAAACGCUUUACCACCAUGACUUUUACUUUGAACUGUCCGGACCAGCAGCCGCCCACCAAGAAGAAGCGCAUCCAGCGCGUGAAGCAGUGCCGCUGUAUUUCCAUAGAUCUGGAUUAACACACGCAUUACAACACCCACCAUGCAGAGAGUGUGUGCGUGUGUGCGUGUGCCUGUAUUCUUAUCGUUCUUGGCAGUACUCGAGUUGUAAAAGAAAAUCAGGGGGGGUGGUGGAUUUUAUCAUAUGGGGACAGAUAAUUUGUGCUGAUUACAAAUAAUAUAAUAUAUUACAAAUAAUAGCACUGACCAAAACACCUGCAGAAAUACUGCAGGGAUGACAUAGCAGCAGUUAAAUAUCCACUGGGCUUACAUCAAAUACAUAAAAACAACAAUAAAAAACAGUUUUCUGAACUUAUCAAUAUGACUGUCCUUCACAGGAUAAUUAAUAUGGAUCACUUCAAAAACUCAAAAUCUUAACAAGAAUAUUUGUCUUAUUUCUAGUUAAAAUGUCUCAUUUUAGUUAAAAAAAAUCUCAUUACACUUAAAACAAGACUCAUCACUGGAAAAAACAAUUUUCACCUGUUUCAAGUAGAUUUUCACUUAAAAUAAGAUUUUUUUGCUUGUAAUGAGAAGAUAAAUCUUGUCCCACUGGCAGAUUUUCCUACUUAUUUCAAGUGAAAAUGUACUUGAAACAGGGGAGAAUUGUCACAUUUUUCUGGUGUUAUUUUUCUGGUGAUGUUUCUAAAUGUUGAAAUAGCAGUAAAACCACAUUCAUUGAUGAAAUGACAUAAGGGAUGGAAAGGGGGGAUGGCAGUUUUACAGGGGGGAUGAUUUGGAUUUGGUUUUUAUUUCAGGGGGGAUGCCAUCCCCCCUCAUCCCUCCUCAACUCCAGUACUGGUUCUUGGACAGGCUCGUUGCUAGAGAGUGAGCGUCCCAGGAAACACGUGUCCGUCUCCAUCUGGAGAUGUGCACCGCAAAAACACAAACACGCUUCUUAACUUACUCGACGUGUGAACCAAACACACUCAUCACUGCACGGAAACGCAGAGUUGGAACUGGCACAGUUUUACGCACGGCUUCGCAACCCACACCACCGACGCAGAGAGACAGACCUGAGCCCCGGUUUCAUGACACAAGUCACUGCUCCGACCGAACCCCGUGUGAAUGGGAACCCCUCCUGUCCUGUCCGAUGCUGUAUUUAACGCAUUUGUUUGUAGAACUGGACGUUUCCACCGUGUGGAAUUUUAUGAAUGAACAUUUGAAAAUGGAAAACAAAAAAAAAUGUGAUUUUUAUUGCGAUGUUUCAAGAAUCGUUUCAAGGUUAACCUCACUGAUUUCUGUGAAUUUCGAAACUGAUCAGUAAAAUGUUUUUUUUUUUGUUGAUGUUUAUUUUAUUUUUUACUCUAAAUAGCCUAAAGAGAGAAAAAGAUUCCUUAGUUACUUUAUAGACAAUGUACAGAGCUGGUUUAGUGUGGAGAUGUAAUGAACUGUUUUGAAAUGUAAAAUGAUCUUUGAUUUUCAUUCCUUAAAUUAUAUCUGAACGCUUAAUAAACUGAUGCUGGAAUAUUGUGCAUAUCUGGAACUGAUUGUGUAUUAAAAGCUU